AUGUCACGUUUAGACAGACGGCGUAAAGGCGUAUUUGGUCCACCUCCAGGUAAAGAAUGUGUUGUCUUUGUAGAUGAUUUGAACAUGCCAAUGAAAGAAAAAUACGGUGCACAACCACCGAUUGAAUUAUUACGUAUGUGGAUUGACCACAGUCAUUGGUAUGAUAGAAAAGAUAAUACAAAGCAGUGUUUAGCUGAUGUACUUUUCAUGGCUGCUAUGGGGCCACCUGGAGGAGGACGCAAUGACAUAACAUCACGUUUAACAAGACAUGCAAAUGUAUUAGGCGUAAAUGAAUUUGAUGAUCAAACAAUGUUGAAAAUAUUUACAACGAUUACAGAUGCGCACUUUGCUAAUGGUUUCGAACCACUAUUCAUGCGAUUGAGUAAAAUUUUGGUUCAAGCCACACUGAAUGUUUACAAAUUGGCUAUAUCAACCUUUUUGCCUACACCAGCUAAAUCCCACUACGUAUUUAAUUUACGUGACUUCGCUCGAGUUAUAAAAGGUGUGCGCUUAGUUCCUGCUAGUAAUAUGAAAGAACAGGACAAACUUAUGCGUUUAUGGAUUCAUGAAGUUUAUCGCGUAUUUUAUGAUCGGCUUACGUUGGCUGAAGAUGAAACUCGGUUUUUUGAUAUUGUACGCCAAACGUGCUCUGAUGUAUUCCGCACAAACAUGGAUAAAAUAUUAGGUCAUUUAAGUUUAAGUGGUCGUGUUGCCGAUGAGGACAUCAGAAAUUUAUUAUUUGGUAAUUAUAUGCAAGAUGAAGGGUGUUAUGAUGAAGUUACAGAUUUAAAAUUGCUGACAAAUCGUAUGGAAGCUUAUUUAAGCGAUUUCAAUGCACUAUCUAAGACACCAAUGAAUCUUGUCAUGUUUAAAUUUGCUAUCGAACAUGUUAGUCGAGUGGCACGUGUAUUAUUGCAAGAUAAUGGACAUGCAUUAUUAGUUGGUGUUGGAGGUAGUGGUCGUCAAAGUGCAACACGUUUAGCCAGCCAUAUUGCAGACCAUGAGUUAUUUGUAAUUGAGAUAACACGUACAUAUGGUGUCAAUGAAUGGAGAGAUGAUCUUAAGCGUCUACUGCUUAAAACUGGACUUGAUGCAAAGUCUACUGUAUUCUUAAUCAAUGAUACCCAGUUAAAACAUGAAUCAUUUAUGGAAGAUAUUUCAAUGUUAUUGAAUUCAGGUGAUGUGCCAAAUCUCUUUCCACCAGAUGAAAAGCUGAGUUAA